CCUCCUGCGCAGCAGCCACGGCGGCGGCCCGCUCUCAGGUCACGGAAGGAGGCUCAGUGGGCGGCGGCGUACGUAGCUGGCGGGCUCUGAGGCGCGCUCAGCGCGUCCCUGUGUUCGCGGGUCGCGGAAGUGACGUACGGCACCCCGGCAGAAGCGCGUUUGAAUCGGUUCCCGGGUUACUUCCCGGCCGCUGCCCACAGUCCGUGCUGCGCGGCCCGCUGAGGCCCGGAGCCGCGGCGGCUGGAGCCGAGGGCACGCGCGGAGUCGGUGUCUCCGGGAAGCGCGCCCGAGAGCCGCAGGGCCUUCUCUUUUUUUCUCCCUCAACAUGGCAGCGGAGGGCGCCAGCGAUCCCGGAGGCCUCUCGGAGGGAUCUGGGAGAGAUGGCGCCGUCGACGGCUGUAGGACGGUGUACUUGUUUGACCGGCGCGGGAAGGACUCGGAGCAAGGGGAUCGCGCACUGCAGGUCGCGGAGCACGCGGACUACGCGGGGUUCCGCGCGUCUGUGUGUCAGACAAUUGGCAUUUCAUCUGAAGAAAAGUUUGUUAUUACAACUACAAGUAGGAAAGAAAUUACCUGUGAUAAUUUUGACCACACUGUUAAAGAUGGAGUCACUCUGUACCUGCUGCAGUCAGUUGACCAGUCACUACUGACAGCGACAAAAGAAAGAAUUGACUUUCUACCUCACUACGACACUCUAGUUAAAAGUGGCAUGUAUGAGUAUUACGCGAGUGAAGGACAGAAUCCUUUGCCAUUUGCUCUUGCAGAGUUAAUCGACAAUUCAUUGUCAGCUACUUCUCGAAAUAAUGGUGUUAGGAGAAUACAGAUCAAAUUGCUUUUUGAUGAAACGCAAGGAAAGCCUGCUGUCGCAGUGGUAGAUAAUGGAAGAGGAAUGACUUCUAAACAGCUUAACAACUGGGCUGUGUAUAGGCUGUCAAAAUUUACAAGACAAGGUGACUUUGAAAGUGAUCACUCAGGGUAUGUCCGGCCAUUACCAGUACCACGCAGUUUGAACAGUGAUAUUUCCUAUUUUGGUGUCGGAGGCAAGCAGGCUGUUUUCUUUGUUGGGCAAUCAGCCAGAAUGAUAAGCAAACCUAUCGACUCCAAGGAUGUUCAUGAGCUGGUGCUUUCUAAAGAAGAUUUUGAGAAGAAGGAAAAAAAUAAAGAGGCAAUAUAUAGUGGGUACAUUAGAAACAGAAAGCCAGCUGACUCUGCUCACAUUACAAAUGAUGAUGAAAGAUUCCUACACAGUCUUAUUGAGGAAGAGAAGGAGAAAGACAGCUUCACUGCUGUGGUUAUUACAGGGGUGCAGCCAGAGCACAUACAGUACUUGAAAAAUUAUUUACAUCUUUGGACACGACAGCUAACGUAAGUAAUUUGGUUUAAGAAAUGUUCCUGCUUCCUUUUUUUUUCUUUUUUCUUUGGAGACAGGGUCUUGCUGCAGACCCCAGCUGGCCUGGACCUC